AACCACGGAAGCCCUCAUGCAUUAGAACUUUGUUUUCUUCCGAAAACAAGACAGCGCAGCCACCAUCAGACUCUGCACCUGGCUGUCGCGGAGGAGAAAAGGGGUUGGCAUCCAACCAAUCCAGGUGGUUGCCUGGGUACCAGUGGUGGUAGCUUGAGUACGUUUAGGGUAGAACAGCUGCUAGUCCAGAGACUGCGGACUUCGGUAAGAGCGGGAGCUGGCCCUGCCUGCCUGCCAGGGAGUUCCGUAGCGUGGAGGUGUUUGUCGGCCGUAAGCACUGCACGGUGCGGCGGAAGCGCAGAGCUCCGCAUCCGGCCACCGGAGCCCUGAAAGGCUGAGGCGGCGGCGAGCGGGAGGAGCGAGCUCCUCAUCGCGCGAGAGCGGAGGGGCUCUACGGGAGCUGGGGCAGGCGGGGCGGCCCCGGGAGCUGCGCUCGCUUCGCCGCCGGUCACCUGCGGCCGAGGGAGGAAAGGGCGCCUCCCGCUGCUGCUUCCCGGCCGGCCCAGGGCAGGGACCCUGGCUGCUCUGCCCGCAGCGUGCGGCAGCUCUGAGCAAAGUGAAAGCGCUCCCGCUGGGUCAGACCUGCCAUGGGAGACUUGAAACCCAAGUGAUUCAGCUGCCGGAGCUGGCCACGCUGCCUUUCUCCAGCUGUAUCCCGAAGGGGAGCUGAGGGCAGGCUGGCCGCACUGCUCGCAGGGGUGCAACCCUUCUGCCCGCCAUGGCUCUGUGCUGCGCGGUGAGGCUGCCCCGCCGGCACCUCCGCCCUUGGAGGGUUCUCCUGAGCAGCCGAGCAGGUCGGGACCGCAGUCUACUGACGGAGAAGACAGCAAAGUGGAAGGAGAAGAAAAAAGCUAGGGAGCGGUGCAGCCCACCGGCUUCUUCGUGGGAGGAGAGGUUAGCAAAUGCAGUGACUCCGCUGUGGAGACUUUCCUAUCAAGAGCAGUUGCAGGUGAAGUAUGAAAACCAGAGGAAGAUUUUGCAGACACUGGCAUCUCAUCUUGAGGAGCUGGGCAUAGAUGUACAGAAACCUGGUGGACUCUGCUGUCCUCUCCAGCCUGUAGUCCCUUCACCUAUCAUUAAUGGCUACCGAAACAAAUCUACUUUCUCUGUGAACCGAGGACCGGAUGGGAACCCCAAAACUGUGGGGUUGUAUGUGGGAACUGGCCGAGCUAGAAAUAUUGUCUGUGUGAAAGCCAACCACAUGGAGAACAUACCCCCAAAACACAAACAAGUAGCCCAGUGCUAUGAGGACUUCAUCCGUUGCUCCCCCCUGGAUCCCUGUCUCCUCUUCCACGAAGGUGGACACUGGCGGGAGCUGGUGGUACGCACCACCAGCCGUGGCCACACCAUGGCUAUCGUCACCUUCCACCCUCAAGAGCUGGGCCAGGAGGAACUGGCUACUCAGAAAGCAUUGCUGAAGGAGUUCUUCACCUGUGGACCUGGAACAGUCUGUGACUUGACUUCACUGUAUUUCCAAGAGAGCACCAUGACACGCUGCUCCCAUGAGCAGUCUCCCUUCCAGCUCCUUCACGGAGAACCACACAUCUUUGAAGAAGUGCUUGGCCUGAAGUUUCGCAUCUCUCCAGAUGCCUUUUUCCAAGUAAACACAGGUGGAGCAGAAGUUCUGUACCAGGCAGUCAGAGAGCUGAGCCAGGCUGGUGGGGACACCACCUUCCUCGACAUCUGCUGUGGAACUGGCACAAUUAGUCUCUGUCUGGCUCAUCAAGUGUCCAAGGUUAUUGGAAUCGAGGUGAUGGAGAAGGCAGUAGAGGAUGCCAGGUGGAAUGCAGCAUUUAAUGGAAUUUCAAACUGUGAGUAUCACAGUGGAAAGGCAGAGGCUGUGUUGCCACAACUGCUGUCAUCGUGGGAGGAUGGCCGACCUCUUGUUGCUGUGGUGAACCCAUCUCGGGCUGGGCUCCAUUACAGGGUGGUGCGAGCCAUUCGAAACUGCACAUCCAUCCGGAGGCUGCUCUACAUCUCCUGCAAGCCAGAGGGUGAAGCCAUGAGGAACUUUGUUGAGCUGUGCUGCCCACCUAACCCAGGGAAGAAGCUGUCAGGAAAGCCAUUUACCCCCAUGUUGGCUCUGCCUUUUGACCUGUUUCCUCAUACUGUUCAUUGUGAGCUGGUGUUGCUGUUCACCCGCUGACAAGCAGGCAGAGAUACCAGCUCUGAGAGCCUGGGAAGCUGUCCUGAAGCCUGGAGUAGAUAUAGCUAGGCUUUGAACUUACUUUUUUUGGAAGUUGUCAAAAAAUAAAUAAUUUUGCUUUUGUUCUUGUU